CCUCUAUUCGCAACAUUAUGUCAGCUGUGUGGUAGCUGGCUCUGUACGUGGCAGCGUACAAAUCGACCCUCCGUGUUACCUCGGGCUUCACAUGAACAGCGGCCAGUUUUAAAACCUGACGUUUCUUCUCUAAGACAUACAUUAAAGGUAAGAUUGCAAAUCACUGAAGCAGACAGAAUGAAGUUUUGUUCUCUUAUCGCCGUGGUUCUGCUUUGCUGCUGGACAACACGUGCAGAGAUCUUUACCUCCAUAGGCCAGAUGACAGACCUGAUCUACACAGAAAAGGAGCUAGUCCAGUCUCUGAGGGAAUAUAUAAAGGCAGAGGAGUCCAAGCUUGCUGCAGUCAAAAGUUGGGCUAGUAAACUGGAUGCCCUGACGAAGGUGUCCACUGCAGACCCAGAGGGUUACCUGGCCCAUCCAGUCAACGCCUACAAGCUGAUGAAGAGACUGAACACAGAAUGGUCUGAACUGGAGAACCUGGUGCUCCAGAACCCCUCUGAUGGUUUCAUCUCCAACAUGUCCCUGCACAGACAGUACUUUCCAGAUCAGGAGGAUGAGACAGGUGCUGCAAAAGCAUUAAUGCGUCUCCAGGACACGUACCAACUGGAUUCUGAGACUUUCUCCAAAGGAAAGCUGCCAGGUAUGCACUCAAAUGCUUUACUGACAGUGGACGACUGCUUUGACAUGGGUAAGACGGCAUAUAAUGAAGCAGACUAUUACCACGCUGUACUGUGGAUGCAGCAGUCCUUAAAACAGUUGGAUGCUGGUGAGGAAGCUGAGGUUUCGAAAGCGGACAUUUUGGACUACCUCAGCUACUCUGUUUACCAAAUGGGAGACCUUCCUCGAGCCGUUGAGCUGACUCGGCGGCUGGUUUUCAUUGACUCCACCCACCAGAGGGCAGGAGCAAACCUACGUUAUUUUGAGCGGUUGCUGUCCAAGCAGAUGCAUGAGCAGCAGCAGUCCUACGAGCCAGCUUCUGAAGAACCCAUCCAGCUCGGGACUUACAGCAGGCCUAAGGACCAUCUCCCUGAGAGAGAGGUCUAUGAGGCCCUCUGCAGAGGAGAGGGCAUCCAAAUGACCGAAAAGAGGCGUAGCCAUCUAUUCUGUCGCUACCAUGAUGGGAACAGGAACCCUCGCCUCCUCUUGAAGCCCACGAAGGAGGAGGAUGAGUGGGAUAGUCCUCACAUCGUACGGUACCUGGACACCUUGUCAGAUUAUGAGAUGGAGAAGAUUAAGGAGAUUGCCAAACCCAAGCUUGCCAGAGCCACUGUCAGAGACCCUAAAACAGGUGUGCUGACAACAGCUAACUAUAGAGUUUCAAAAAGUGCAUGGUUGGAAGACGAUGAUGACCCUGUCAUUGCUCGAGUCAAUCAGAGACUAGAAGACAUCUCAGGACUCACAGUGAACACUGCAGAGUUACUACAGGUUGCAAACUAUGGAGUUGGAGGACAGUAUGAGCCACAUUAUGACUUUUCAAGGCGUCCUUUUGACAGCAACCUCAAGGUCGAUGGAAAUAGGCUUGCUACCUUCCUAAACUAUAAAGAUGAGCCUGAUGCAUUCAAAAGAUUAGGCACUGGAAAUCGUUUGGCAACUUUUUUGAACUACAUGAGUGACGUUGAGGCUGGAGGCGCAACAGUCUUUCCUGACUUUGGAGCUGCAAUCUGGCCUCGAAAGGGAACUUCAGUGUUCUGGUAUAAUCUGUUCAAGAGUGGAGAGGGAGAUUAUCGGACCAGACACGCAGCGUGCCCUGUCUUAGUAGGCAGUAAAUGGGUGUCAAAUAAGUGGUUUCACGAGCGAGGUCAAGAGUUCAGGAGACCGUGUGGCCUGACAGAAGUGGAUUGAAGUUUGAGGCUCACUUGUGGAAAUAUGUGCGCACUGUAAUUCUGACAGUUCUGCAUCCCAGACACACAAACAUUGACAGAUCUUUUUCUGAAAGUUGUUUUUUUUUUUUUUUUCCCCCUUUUUUUUAAAAUAAGGAAUUUGACAGUUGUUUGAAAUUUAGCCCCGGAUUUUAUUUUACUUUUGACAUAAAAUGCACAGCAUGUCUUCAUUCACCCUGCAUCACCCCAAUAAAUAAAAUCAGUUAUUUAAAAAAGAAACUAAAUAUGUAUAAAAUCUAAAUCAUACAGACUUUAUGACAUACACAAAAUCUCAGCUUCAGACAUGCAUAAAGUAAAAAAAAAAAAAAUCCGAUCAAAAUUAAUUUGUUGUUGGAUUUUAAGACCCACCAUUAACUUUUUGUACAGAAAGCAAAUUUUGUGUUUUGACUGGUUAGACAGUGCCUCUUAAAAUACAGUCCCUUUUUAUCUUACACAAAGUGACGACAAAGCAUUCAGGCCACAAUGACUUAAUCACCAUAAAUCAGCCGGUUUAAGCUUUCAAACACAAUGUGGACCUGUGACCUGCACUGCAUGACUGUUGGCUGGAAUAUUUAGAAGCUAACUUUGAUCUUCUUUUUCUAAAAAUGAUUAAAAUCAUCCCUACCCAUUUACAAAAAGGGACGCAAUAAGAGGAAAGUUGGAAGUAUCUGAAGUGGUGAUUAAUUUAUUGUGUGAUCACAGAAUUAUCCUGAAAAGUCUUUUUUUUAUCAUUUGCACCCCUCAUGUUCCAUUCAAUUUCAAACUUGACAGAGGCGUAGAAUUCAUCCACUUAUGUCCAUGACAUUUGUAUUUAUACCUUUUAAAUUAUUACGUACACUGUUACAUGUUGGGGUUGUUUUUUUUACGAGAUGGCAAACAAUAAAAUUAAUAUUGAGCAG